AUGAAAAAUCCGGAAAAAGAUGAGCAAGAAAACAGACCUCAUAACGAUGGUAGGGAUGAUGGUAGGAAUAAUGGCUCAUUGAGAAAAAACUACCGAAAGAGUUACAAAAAAGUCUUGUGGCCACUGAAUCUUGAAAUUCACGAUGUAGAAAAUAAGAAUUUAAAAAAGGAGUUGUGCCUUAUUGUUAGUAACAUACCAGUUGAUUGGACAAAGCUGGACAUUACCUGGUUUUUUAGGGAAUAUUUUUACAAGCUAGCCAUAGACAGGAAUAUUGAGUUCCCACUAAUCGAACAGGUGUGUUUGAUAAGGAACGAGCCGUCCGCUAUUUUGGCGUGUCACGACUCGGUGUCUAGGAGGACAAUUGAGAACCUGGCCAACUGCACAAUCAGAAGUGUUAAGGAUAAAAAGAAAAUUAUGCUGAAGAUACAACCGUAUUAUAAGGAGGAGGUGACGGAUAGGGAGAAAGGGGAAGAUAAGAAUAGAGAGGGAAAAAAUGGGAGCGACCAUGAGGAAAACAGAGAGAGCAAUCGAGAGGAAGAGGAAGACAAAAAUGACGACGAGAAGGGAGAGGAAGAUGCAAAUGAAGAACACACCCAGGGAGAGAGUGAAGGCACGGAGGAAGGGAGACGCAAAGGUGAAAAGGAAAUGCCAAGCGACGAUGAAGGGAAAAAAAUAAACAGGAUGAGAAAGCGCUCCGCGACCCCGCCAAGAAGAAAUGGAAUGGAAUGGCCAAAGGAUCUGGAGCUUCGUAACUGCAGCGAUAUUGAAUUGCGGAGAAGACUGUGCGUUUUCGGAAGAUAUAAACCCCUGCAUUGGGGUGUGAAAGAACUGAGUACAUUUUUGAAGUACUAUUUUGAUACCUUAAAAAGAGAUCACGAAAAAUUUGAAGUUCCAGAAAUAAGUUACAUAUGGGCAGAUAAGGGAACCCACUUAGUGACUUUUGCAUGCAAAAAUGAAAAAUCCAGGUUCAACAUGCUGUUAGUAAGGGCAUGCUACCUAAAUGAGGAUGACGCGAAAAAUAAUGUAAAGAAUGCAUUAAGAGUAUGGAUACAGUUUGAAAAAUGGACCCCAUAUAGGAACCCCCCAAAUGGAAAAUAUAAAAAUUAUAAAAUGCCAAGAAGUGAUUUUAACAAAUAUUCCUACCAACAUGAAAACAACAUAGAUAAAGGUGGUUAUACACGGGGGUACAGAAACCCUCCCUAUGAUGGUUAUCCAAAUGGUAGAAAUGGUUCUUACAGAUAUAGUGGAAAUGCACAUAGUAAGGUUACCCCCCCUUCAAAUUAUUACCACCAUAAUGCUGAUGAUAGAGGUCGAAGAAAUUAUGACCAUGGGAAAAAUUCCUAUGGGAAUGGACCCCCUUCUCCUCUACCAACACAUUACAACAAAUAUAAGAAAAAAUAUUCCCGUUCUCCGAGCCCUAAAAAUUAUCAUAAAAAGAAAUUUAAAAGAUCCAGAUCGCAUGAUACACACAAGGAGGAAAUCAACUCCCACGGGAAUAAAAAUAAAGGCAACGCAUACCAUUAG